AUGGCCGACAGUGGACUGACUUGCUAAACCUUCAUAGUAGUUUGAUUCGUAUUUCGUUUCCAAGAGGCGUCGCACUACGCAUGUCAGGCCAAGAGAAACAACAUUUGCAUGACGACUGAGGCGCUCACGUAAACGAAUUCACGUGUAAAAAAUGGGGAAGGCUCUUUCCCACCUGCCUAAGCAUACCUGUCAUGAUGACUGUCAGGAUAGCCUGACUUCAUCACCUGUCUACAGUGCUAUGCAAACUGAUGAGAGCAAGAAUGGGGCUGAUGUGUCGCAGUUCCCAUAUGUUGAGUUCACUGGCCGAGACGGCAUUACCUGCCCCACGUGCCAUGGCACUGGAAGAAUCCCACGGGGCCAAGAAAACCAGCUGGUGGCCCUGAUCCCAUACAGUGACCAAAGGCUGAGACCAAGGAGAACCAAGCUGUAUGUGACUGCUUCAGUCAGUUUGUGCCUGCUGCUCUCCGGCCUGGCUGUGUUCUUCCUUUUCCCACGUUCCAUUGAUGUGAACUAUGUGGGAGUGAAGUCUGUGUACGUUUUGUAUGACCAGAGCAAACGCAUCGUUUAUCUCAAUAUUACUAACUUGCUGAAUAUUACUAACAACAACUUUUACUCUGUGGAUGUGGCCAACAUUACAGCCCAGGUGCAGUUUUCCAAGACGGUGAUUGGAAAAACCCGUGUUAGCAACAUCAUCUCUAUUGGCCCCUUGGACAUGAAGCAGAUUGACUACAUGGUACCCACCACUAUAGCAGAUGAAAUGAGUUAUAUGUAUGACUACUGCACCCUGCAGAGCAUCAAGGUGCACAACAUUGUGGUUAUGAUGCAGAUAACAGUCACAGCAGUGUAUUUUGGCCAUGCUGAGCAGGUGUCUCAGGAGAUGUACCAGUAUGUGGAUUGCGGAGGGAACACUACAUCCCUGCAUGAGUAUAGCCUGAAUACACCUUGGUCAGGCUAGAGGUGACCCUGAUGUAGUAUAAUGCCCCACCCUGUCCCUCACCUCUCCACUCCUUGUCAUUGUUUCGGCAAAAUUGUUUGAAUGACUACUAGAGGUCUGCAACCCUACCCGGGCCCGACCGGUUUCAGGCUGGGUUUGGGUCAGUUUUUCCAAAUAGGACUUCGUAUUCGGGUUUGUAAUAAAUAAAAAAAUAAAAUGGCUCACCAAACUUGUUUCUUUGUAUCUUUGAGCGAGAGCACGCGCUCUCACUCAAAGAUACGCGCAAACGGACGAGUUAGGGUCCAUUCACACAGAAUGUGUUUUCAUGCGCAUAUGUUCUGUUUUCCCAUUGUUUGCACACAUGCUGGACGAAUGUCUUUGACAUUUGCACCGCGUCUCAUUUUUUUCUUCUGCGUCUCAUGCAGGACUGGCAUAUUUUAAACACUGUGUCAAGUUAAAACUAACUUAAAAUUGUCAAAAACAUGUUGUUUUGUCAAAUACGAAUGUUGCCUAUAUGCUUACAUAAAAUACAGCCUAUUCCAACAGUAUAUGCUAGGAGAAGAAAUUAGAUAGUAAGCAGGUUCGGGCUUAAAAUCUGACAGUAGGCUAUCGUUUGGGCUGGGUAGGGUCGGGCCACACUGUCGGUUCGGGAUUUAUUUUAAGGCCAGUGCAGACCUCUAGGGACUACUACUACAUUUCUCUGCCAAUUAACCACUAGAACAUGUUAGGGUGUUGCAAUUCACAAAUGCACUUUACAUUUCAUGUUCUUCAGGCAAUAUUAACAUUGAGGUCUGCCUAAUUCUCAUUCCGUUUCACAUUGCCAAACUGAAUCAUGCAUUAUUGUUUUGGUAGAAGUUGAUCCCUUUUGACAAACAUACAUUGUUUUUAAGCACUACCUAUUUAAAAGCACUCUAAAAUUACUUGAUUUAAAGAUUACUGUUUGUAAAGUGCACUCCUGUUUCAUGUUUUUUAUUAUAAUUUUUUUUUUCUGUUUUGUUCUGUAAUCUGAUAUUCACUACAAAUUUUAAGUGAUGGGAUAAAUCUAUCCAAACUCCCUAAGAGGCCCUGCAUGCUUUGGGAUCUUUACAUUGAGGUGAGAUGCACUUAGUGUUUAUUUAAAAGAAAAUAUUCCAGAAAACAGGUUACCUCAAGUUACUGUGCAUACCUCAUUUCACAGAACUCUCACAGGCUGUGAGAUUGGUACAGUUUGGUACAUGUAGGAUGUUUCUAUCUAUUUCUGUUUUGCUCUUUAGUGACAUUUACAAAUUGUCACAGUUCAUAAGCUAUUAAACUCCCCUCAAAAAAUGGCCUCCAAAUGUAAAUAGACCAAUAAAGCACUAAAUCUGAAGAAAACCAACAAUCACUGGGAUCUGAGACUAUUGGAUGUGUGCAAGAUGUUUUUGUAUGAAAUUAUCAUUCCCUCAGAUUCUCAAUGUAAUAACAUUGAUUUCAUGAAAUUAAUUUAAAUGCAUUUAAUUUAGAAGAAUUAUAGUAGUUUGCUUUUUCAUCUAGAAAAUUUUAUGUGAUAAUUAAACAUUUUUAACAUUCUCAAAGUGACUAAAAGGACUACAUUUUUAAACAUUUGAAUCAUGUUUGUAAAAAAGUUCACAGAUUGAUAUUUUAUGAAAGAUGGUCUAUCGCCUCUGUAAUAGGAAUGGCUACUAAUAUGACUUUGCAUUUGUGUAUUUUGUCACAAGCAUUUUCUUCAUGUACAUAUUUGUAUGUAGCACUUUUGAUUUUUGAGAAAAGAGGUUUGGACUGCUGUUGAGAUUAUUAAUUAACUUGACCCUGCUGAAGGCUCCGUUUACGUGUUUGAAAUAUGAAAUAUAUUAGUUUCUGUUAAAUAGAUGUGUUUUGAGUCACUCGUUCUUUCAUUACAUUUAUUUGAUUACGAGUUUAACAAAUGUGCUUGACACAGUGUAUGUGCAUUUCUUUUAGCAUAUUGCUGUGACUGUAAAUCAUUUUAUGUUUCAAUGAUGUUAAUAAUUCUGUCAGAUGAUUCUGUAUAGGAGCACACAACACACUUUCUUAUGUGUACAAGAGUGAAUAAUCAUUUCCAGUUUGUUUUUUUUAUGUUCUUGCUUUAAUAUAUGUGCAAUUUAUGCACUCAUCUCAAAAGAAACACUAGAUUAUUUCACACCAUUAUUGUGCAUUAAAAUGUAUUGAACCAGUUUAAUUAUAUUGAAAGUGGCUGAAAUGGCUCUCUCACCAAUAUUAAACAGGGAACAAGUUUCAAAUAAAUUCACUCUUAUUGAAAAACAGGAAAUGUGAUCGAGUGUGUGAUGCUGCAUUUCUUCUUAAACUUUGGAAAGUUUCCAAACUUCACUUGAUUGCUGAAACUACCUAUUAAGCACUGUUUUGAAGCAUAUUUUUAAUGCCAUUAUUUACCAACAAAGGUAUAAAAG